CAAUCAAAUGUAAAAAUGGCAGCCCAUAAUUUUCGGUUUGUCCAAAAACGUAGCUCAGGCAAAACAUCCCCCGGUUCCAAGGAAAGGACCAAACGGCUAGAGGAAAAAUCAAAAUUACGCCGAAAUCAAAGGGAGGUUUCAAUGGACAGCACGUCCAUUAUUACGCAAGUGAAUAAAGAUGAAGAAGGAAUAGAAGUCAACAACUCGUACAGUCACGAGAAACUGCCGUCUACCAUCUCCAAGAAACCUCGCAAUCGCAAUAUUUUUUCGUCGUUCUUCUGCUGUUUUGGUUCCCAGUCGGCUGCAGGGGCACCUUGUACGGUUUCGCACACGACGAACCAUAAUCACAAUUCUAUUACGACAAUCCCUGCAACUGAAGAAAAUGAUGCAAAGCAAUGUAAACACCUUCUUCCAACAAUACAACACCAAGACUUGAACAAAAAAUGCAUUGUCAUAGACCUGGAUGAAACACUUGUACAUAGCUCUUUUAAGCCUGUUAGUAAUGCAGAUUUUAUAGUUCCCGUAGAAAUUGAUGGAACAGUCCAUCAGGUUUAUGUCCUCAAAAGACCGCAUGUGGAUGAGUUUCUAAAGAGAGUAGGGCAGAUAUAUGAAUGUGUGCUUUUCACAGCAAGUUUAGCAAAGUAUGCAGACCCUGUUGCUGAUUUGCUGGACAAGUAUAACACAUUUAGGGCAAGGUUAUUUCGAGAAUCAUGUGUUUUCCACAGGGGAAAUUAUGUCAAGGACCUAAGCAAGUUGGGAAGAGAUUUAAAAAAGGUCCUUAUAUUGGAUAAUUCUCCAGCAUCAUACAGUUUUCAUCCAGAAAAUGCUAUCCCUGUAACGUCCUGGUUCGAUGACCCAAAUGACUGUGAGUUAUUGGAACUCAUUCCAUUUCUAGAGGAAAUGCAUGAAGUAGCAGUGGACGAUGUUUGUGCCCAUUUACGAUCAACCAACAUGAAUCCAUACAGGUCUCACCUUAGCUAGUCACUCCUAAACUUCUUACAGAGAAAUACUCUGCUAGAUAGAUAAAUAUCUGGCUUAUAUUUUUAUACUUAUAUAUCACUGUACAAAUUAUGCAAUUCAGAGACAAGGAGUUUUUAUAAGGCAUUCUUGGGGGCUUACUUGAUUAUUAAGUCAAGCAAUGUAUUAAGAGGCAGAUUCAGGAGUGUCAAUAAGAAUGGGCCAAAGAAAAGAUUUUAAGGGGGCAAGGUUUGUAGUUCUUCUGUGAAUCCUUAUUUUUCUUCAUAUUUUUCAGUAAAAUUUCUGAGAAUAGGGGGGAUAUGGCCCCACCCCCUGGGUCUGCCUAUGGUACUGGUAAUGCUGGUCGCUGCAUCCUCAGUUUUUGCCUUUGCCAUAUGAUUAUAUAUUUUUAAUGAGCUUCUGACAAAUUGGGGAUUAUAUGGGAGGUUGAAAGAAUUGAAAUAUUUUUCAAAAUUGGGGAGAAGUGUAACACCUGGAAUUCUUUUUCUAAAUUUAAGACAGCUCUUGUCACUGCUGUGCAGUGUAGAGUGUUUUUUUUCUUUGCAUCCCAUUUCCUAAUUAUAAUAUUUUUAUAUCUAGUGAAUUACACAUUGCAUUGUGGUUUAUAUACUUUUUCAUAAGACAGCACUUGGGUAUUUUAUUAAAUCCCAAUUCUCUAAAACUUUGGCUGCAAAUGAUACCUUUUUUAAGAGUAUGCACACUAUGUAUAUAGGAUAUGAAUUGAACAUUUGGACAGUACAUUUUUACCUAAUCUAUACCAUUCUACAGUUGAUUCAUUGUUCAAAAGUUACGGAAAACUUUAAAUGGCAAUGAUGAACUGUAUUGUCUGACAAAAUUUUGUUACUUUUUCAAAACCAAUAUCUUGGGUAUCUACCAUGUAGAAAUAAAGGUGUUAUAGUAUAAGAUAGAAAUUAGCCAAUGUAAGUGCAUCUAUUUUCUAUCCUUUUAUGCCAUAUGCUAGAUUUUAUAAUGAUUUUUGUAUUGUACAGUAAAGGUGAGUUUAUGGCUACAGAAAUACAUACUGUUUGAGAGAAA